GUUGCUUCUUUUUUGUAUUAGCUAAACAAACAUUAGGGGGUUUUGUCAUCUGGGUAAAGUGGAUCUAGAUACAGUCUGUACUCCGUGGCAUUUACAUGAAGAUGAGAGAAGGGGCAUCUUUUCCUGUCCAAUUCGAUAGGGUGUCAAUCCCAACCAAGUAAGGCAAAGAAUGUUUGCUCCUGUGCUUCUGUAAACUACAUUUGAUCAACAACUCACUGGAAUAGCCACUCACCAACCAAAAUGGGCAGAAUGAAAUGAAAUGACAGAUUCACUUUUUAUAGUGAGCAAUCUGCAUUUCUCUGUUCAAGGAUAUAUUGCCUGCCACAUUAGUAUGUUUGGCUAAACAUACUAUUUAUGAGGACUUGAUGCAUUGCAACAAGGGUGGUCUGUUAUUCUUGGGGGAGGUUUAGCAGAAUUUGAAGCAAAUGAAGAUGUCCCAUCCUUAGACUUGAUGAGAGCGUGAUGCCCAGGCGAAGGUUAACUCUGCAGGGCCGGGCGCGCUGGCUGCUCCUUGGUCUAUUCCUGCUCCUGGUGCUGCUGCUGUUUGUCUACUUGCUUGAGUGCACCCCCCCAGCAGACGUCAGCCUGAUGCUGCCUGGCCUGGGUGCCGAGCCCUAUGGUAAGGAGUACUGCCAAGCCCUGCUGCAGGAGCAAGAGGAGCACCAUGUCAGCCGCACCACCAGCCUCAAGCGCCAGAUUGCCCAGCUCAAGCAGGAGCUCCAGGAGAUGAGUGAGAAGCUGAAGGUGCUGCAGGACAGGAAGGAGCUCCCUGGGAUACAGGGACUGGCUGACACCAAGGACCAAGAGCCUGGAGACCUCCUGGAAUACCUCCAUUCUCAAAUUGACAAGGCAGAGGUGAACACGGGUGCACGCCUGCCCAGUGAAUACGCUGUUGUCCCCUUUGAGAGCUUCACCUCCACCAAGGUGUAUCAGCUGGAGAUGGGGCUGACGCGGCACCCAGAGGAGAAGCCUGUUCGUAAGGAUCGCAGAGAUGAGCUAGUUGAGGUCAUAGAAGCAGCUCUGGAUGUCAUUAACAACCCAGAUGAGGAGGAUGGCCAGGAGGAUGAAGCACCCAUGCAGAGGCAGACCUACACAGAGAGCCACUUCACUGAGGGGCUAUACAGGACUGAACGGGAUAAAGGCACGCUCUACGAACUCUACUUUGCAAAAGAGGAUUCCAGCAGUUUCCGGCACAUCACUCUUUUCCGUCCAUUUGGUCCUUUGAUGAAGGUCAGGAGCACGUCUGUGGAGACAUCAGGGAUCAUAAUCAACAUCAUUGUGCCACUGGCAGGCAGAACAGAAACCUUCUCACAGUUCCUACACAACUUCAGGGAAGUUUGUAUCCAACAUGAUAGACAAGUGCAUUUGACCGUGGUUUACUUUGGACAGGAGGGUUUACAAGAGGUUAAGUCCUCUUUAGAAAAGAUGUCCAGGGAGGAGGACUUCUCUAACUACACCCUCAUCCCAGUGGACGAGGAGUUUUCCAGGGGCAGAGGUCUUGACAUUGGAGCCCAUGCCUGGAAGAAGGGUGAUGUGUUGAUGUUCUUCUGUGACGUGGAUAUCUACUUCACACUGGAGUUCCUCAACACUUGCCGUCUGAACUCUGCUCCAAACAAGAAAGUAUUUUAUCCAGUGGUUUUCAGUUUGUACAAUCCUGCCAUAGUUUAUGGAAAUUUGGAGCUGGCCCCCCCUAUUGAAAACCAGCUUAUUCAUAAGAAAGAUGCUGGUUUCUGGAGAGACUUUGGCUUUGGAAUGACAUGUCAAUACCGCUCAGACUUCCUCAACAUUGGCGGUUUUGAUCUUGAAGUAAAGGGCUGGGGUGUGGAAGACGUCCACUUGUACAGAAAAUACCUGCGAAGCGACUUAAUUGUCAUGCGAACACCGGUAUCAGGUCUAUUCCACUUGUGGCACGAGAAGCAGUGUGCAGAUGAGUUGACACCAGAGCAGUACCGCAUGUGCAUUCAGUCCAAAGCCAUGAACGAGGCCUCACACUCCCAUCUGGGCAUGCUGGUGUUCCGAGAGGAGAUUGAGAAUCACCUCCGCAAGCAAGCCUUCAAGACUCAGCUCAAAGCAGAUGAUUGAACCGGUUUGUUUCCAACGUGGACGUCAUAGUCCCUUUGUGCAACUUACAGUCAAGGCGCUGAUGUUUUAGAAGACAUUAGAAUGGCAGUACUAAAUAUGGUUAAUUAUUAAAAUGCACUAUAGAAAAAAGCUGUUUACACAAAAACCUCCAGUUAUUUGUUAUAGUUUAGCUGAAGACACAGAUGAAUGUACUAAAAUGUACAGUUACAUUGAUAAAUGUGAAAAAUCCAAGUGAUAGACCUGAAUAGCACUACCUGCAUUAACAUCAAAAGACUAAACAUCUGUAAAGUUUGGACUAUCAGGCAAAGGUCCAACCAAACUAAGGAUUGGGUCCCUUUAAAAAAAUAAAAUAAAAUUUUUUAGUUGUCCCAUGCCAGUCUCAAGCCAUAUCGUUAUAUUUUUUUAAUUCACGUGAAACCUGGGUUUAAAUGAUGGUAAAAAGGGAUGAUUUUUAUAUUAGCAUAGGCUUUAUUGAAAGGGAAAGACAAUCAGUCAAUGUUUUCUUUGCAUAGAAAACUGCUUGUAAUGUGAUAAAAUAAAUAGAAAUUUGAUCAAAAGCAUACAGUCCAUAAAUAUUCCUAAUCUAUGUUCAUCUCCAAAGAAAAAUAUUCUUAGAGCUGGGUUAAACCAUACAUGAUGGAGCCAUUAAAUGACAGUUGCGCUGUGGCAAAUCUGGGAUUAUUAACAUGUACAUAACUUUUCUGUGUACAUAAUUAUAAUUGUCUAUGUUUUUAUAAUACGAUACAUGUGUGCCUACUAGCUGGGUGUGGGAAUAUGAAAGACGAGAUUAUACUCUAUACCUCUUUACGGUUGAUGUCAUUGAUUAAAAUGAAUGACAAUACAUAGAGCAGCAUUCACAACUGAAAAUAGUACAUGUUGGUCCUGAUCAUUUCUGCUGAGAAAAACAUUGCUGGAAAGAGAUAUUUACACUUGCAAGAAUGUGACCUUAUCAGACAGCUCUUUAUUUUGUUAAAUGUCUUCAAAAACUGAAGCUGAACAUUAUUAAAAAUGGAUAGGUUACGGUUGCAUUUUGUCUGUACACAAACAUGCCAGUUUUGUGGCAUUUCUGUUCCUUGUUAGUUAUGUUUAACAUUGCCAUUCCAACUAUUUUACCCUGCUGCAUGGUUCUCUAGAUUAUUUCUAGAAAGGUUUAUUUUUUAAGGAUUCUGUUUUUAACUGAGCUCUACUCAACACCAAUACAAUAAAAACACUUAACAAAUGA